AUGAAACUCAUCGGCGAAAUUCCAAUGACAAGAUUCGAGAAGUAUGCUUUUGCUUGUCAACUUGGACGAGAACCUGCGAUCAAUUUCGUCAAUUCUACUCUGGUGACAAAUGAUCGAGUUUACGUCCUUCUACGUCUUAUUCUUGGGCUUACUUCAAUCAUGCGUCUUACAUGGGUUGGAUCAAGUACUCCAUUCCGUGGCCUGAACUAUCCUAUAGCUGUGAUUUUAACAAUAUACACGAAUUUCAAUAGAAAAAAGAUCAUCCUCGGAUUUGGAAGCAAAAUGCAGACGCUUAACAAAAUUCAUUCUCUUUUCUUUAAUUGCCAGAUUAUACUCUCGCUUUUCAUCGCAAUAACCAAUGGAACAAAAUGGCUUGGAUUCUUCCCUUACCGUGACAUGUCCCGUAGAUGGCCAGAUAUGACAACAAUCAUGAUGAUCGCCAAAGAGUUUGUACCAUUAAUUUUUCUUCUUGUUGAAAUACUUUGGUUCGACACAAAAGUAUCGUUCGCGGGCUGCUGGCAUGGGAUUAUUUCGACAGCAAUCGUCGUUCUUGCAGUGUUUGCUGGUGCGAAACAAACUCCACAAAAUAUCGUGUAG